AUGUCAUUGGCUCCAUUGCAAUCAAUCAAUGAGCAACAAUUGAAUGCUCGUUCCAAUGUUGUACAAACUCCUGUCAAAUCUGAUCAAACAGGAGAAAAGUUACUGAAAAAUGGUAAAAGGUUAGAUCAAGAUUAUUUACAGAACCAAAACCAGCAUCAACAACCUGCACAAAAGAAGAAAAAGGAAAAGCUAUCUUCACUUUGUAAAACACCACCUUCUUUGAUUAAAACAAGAGGUAGAGAUUAUCAUAGAGGCCAUUUCUUAGGUGAAGGUGGGUUUGCCCGUUGUUUCCAAAUUAAAGAUGAUAGUGGUAAGAUUUUUGCUGCUAAAACUGUAGCUAAAUUAUCAAUUAAAUCUGAAAAGACAAGGAAAAAAUUAUUAUCUGAAAUACAAAUUCAUAAAAGUAUGAAACAUCAAAAUGUCGUUCAGUUUAUAGAUUGUUUUGAAGAUGAUACAAAUGUAUACAUCCUUUUGGAAAUUUGUCCAAAUGGUUCCCUAAUGGAUCUUUUAAAGAAAAGAAAACUAUUAACUGAACCUGAAGUUAGAUUUUUUACAACUCAAAUAUGUGGUGCAAUUAAAUACAUGCAUUCAAGAAGAGUUAUCCAUAGAGAUUUAAAAUUAGGUAAUAUUUUCUUUGAUAGAAAUUAUAACUUAAAAAUUGGUGAUUUUGGUUUAGCUGCAGUAUUGGCAAAUGAUAGGGAAAGAAAAUAUACCGUCUGUGGUACCCCAAAUUACAUUGCUCCUGAAGUACUCAUGGGUAAACAUUCUGGUCAUUCUUAUGAAGUAGAUAUUUGGUCGAUUGGUGUAAUGUUGUACGCUUUGUUAAUAGGUAAACCACCAUUUCAAUCAAAAGAUGUAAAUACCAUUUAUGAAAGAAUUAAAUGUUGUGAUUUUUCUUUCCCAAAGGAAAAACAUAUUUCAAAUGAAGCAAAAGUAUUGAUUCAAGAUUUAUUAUCAUUAGAUCCUCUAGAAAGACCUUCAAUCUCGGAGAUUAUGGAUUACGUUUGGUUUAGGGGUAUCUUCCCACCAUAUAUAGAAUCAACAGUGAUGACAGAAGUACCAAAUUAUGAUAAAACAUUGACACAUCAAGAAUCGAUUAUUAAUUUCAGAAAAUGUCUAGAGAAGUCAGGUUUAAUUGAAGACUCUAUGAAUAUCAAUAAAGAUCCAGUGUCAUUAUUGGGCUCUGAAGUGGAUAAAAAGCAAAUCAUUAGAACAAAUAUCCUACCAGAUUCUCUAUCACCGGGUGAUACUAAAUAUAAAUACAGAGAAGUCAUGGAUUUGGAGGCCCAACGUAAAUUGAAUGAUUUAGCUCGCGAAGCCAGAGUACGUAGAGCACAUCAAGCAGUGAUAAGGAAAGAUUUAGUGGCUACAUCUACUAAUUUAAUUAAAUCAGAAAUAUCGUUAAGGAUUUUGGCAAGCGAGUGUCAUUUAACUUUAAAUGGUAUACUAGAAGCUGAAGCUCAAAAGAAGAUGGGUGGUCUACCACAGUCAAGGUUACCUAAGAUUAGACAUCCGAUAGUGGUGACUAAAUGGGUAGAUUAUUCUAAUAAGCAUGGUUUUUCAUAUCAAUUGUCUACGGAAGAUAUUGGUGUGUUAUUUAAUAAUGGUACUACUGUGCUUCGAUUAGCAGAUGCUGAAGAAUUUUGGUAUAUUAGUUAUGAUGACAAAGAAGGCUGGGUAGCCAGUCAUUAUUUAUUAGGAGAUAAGCCAAGAGAGUUAACGAGGCAUUUAGAAGUAAUCGAUUUUUUUUCUAAAUAUAUGAGGGCUAAUUUAAGUCGAGUUUCGACGUUUGUUCGUGAAGAAUAUCACAAAGAUGAUGUAUUUUUAAGAAGGUAUACAAGAUAUAAACAGUUUGUUAUGUUUGAAUUAAGCGAUGGUACAUUUCAAUUUAAUUUUAAAGAUCAUCAUAAAUUUGCUAUUAGUGAUGGUGGUAAAUUAGUAACGUAUAUUUCGCCAUCACAUGAAAGUUUAACAUUUCCAUUAGUUGAAAUAUUAAAAAUUGGUGAAAUACCAGGAUACCCAGAAAGUAAAUUUAUUGAAAAAAUUUCAUUAAUUAAAGAAGGAUUAAAACAAAAAUCUUCGAUUGUAACAGUAGAACAAACACAAUUGCGUUAA